UGUUAAAUUUAUGUCACUUUCUGCAGGACAGUGAACGGAGACAGACUGACAAAGCAACCUCUUGAUUCUAGGUUGUACAAGCAAAAGUUUACACUCUGAAAGCGCUCUAACUAGAGUCAUGAGAGAGGUGUCACCCCCUCGGAUGUUGCCCCUGGCCCUCCUGCUUUGUGUGUUUGGCACCGCAACUUGGCAACCAGUUUCAGCAUCAUGCCAAGGACAGAUCAAUGUGGCGGUGGCCAUGGACGCGUCACAGAGUCUCGGUAAGCUGAACUUCCUCCACGUCAAAGCGUUCACGAAGGCGAUAGCGGAUCAUCUACUUACUGAUAACGAUGCAGCUAACUUCUUUGCGGUAACAUUUGCUAGAGAAGUUGACGUCAUUGUAGGCGAAAAGAUGAAUGUCAACGACACUAUAGCUAAAAUCGACGAUUUUGACAAACAGUUGAUUGCUGAGACCAAUACAAAUUUGGCCAUAGAUAAGUGCUCGUAUCUUCUCAAGAACAAAGGUGACCCAGAGAAGCCUAGUGUAAUCUUUAUAGUGACGGACGGCCGAGCAACUAGUGGUAUUUCGGUGGUCAUCAAGUCCGCAAAAGAAGCGGCCGCAGACCGGAAUAUAUUGGUGGCUAUAGGGGUUGGUAAAGACUUUGCUUACGAGGAGUUACUGUCCAUAACAGCCGGGAGGAAGGAGCAUGUCCUCAAUGGAACAUUCGCCAACCUCAAUUUGGACGUGUUGGAACAGACUUUGGAAACAAUCUGUCACUUAUCCGUGACGGAUCCCUUUGAUCCCACAAUCGUCAGACCGACUUGUCAUAACGACGGGACCGUAGCUAUCGGGGUAGAAGUAUCGUCUUCACUUUCGGAACUAGAGAAACAACAGUUGACCUUGUUACUAGACAUGAUGAGUCGUGGAACGAACGUUUCUCUAUCUAACGGGGAGACAAUAACCCCCUUUCACACAGUUGAAAAGUUCAUAAACGCAUCUAAUGACAUAAACCCAACGACUAUUCCUACAGAUAAAUUACUUCAGACAAUGAUGGACAGCCUGAGUCGGCAACAAACUGGACCUAAAAUUGCUGUUCUUAUCAUAGAUGAUUCGUAUUGGAAAACCAAUUUAAAUAACCUAAUAACCACUAAGAAUCUAGUAGAGAAUGCCAAAAAAAUAGGUAUCACAGUCAUCGCAUUGAUCGUCGGCAGACAGUCCGCCGGCAUGGAGAAAGUACUGACUACCAUUUUCGGAACAGUGAACAAGUUAUCAGUUAAUUCGAACAACAUGGAAUCUAUCGUCACUUCUGGUUUUAAUCAACUUCUGAAUCGUAUUUGUACAGUGUUGUCUGUACCCGAUCCGGUCACCACAGUGCCUACAACUACAACAACACCAAUGACCACCACGCCACAACCAAUUGUUAAUUUCGGGGGAGCUUUAGAUGUCUACAUUACCCUUGAUAUAUGUCAGGCUGUCUCACAAGGCAACGUGUAUUUCGGAACUUACGGUCACUUCACCUCGCUUCUAGCGAACAAACUUAUUUUUGGACCUUUAAACGUGUCACUGACAACAAGCUUGACUUAUUGCUCCGGAGUAGAGGUUAUUGCAAAGUCUCGUGACUACGUUUUCGAAACUCACUAUUCUCUUCGAUGGGCCCGGGAUGAAUUUGAUGGAAUUGUGUUUGCUGCUGAUAUUGUCAAUGACAUUAUACAAAACUGGGACAAUACGUUAGAAAACGUGGGUAUCAUCUUCAUCACCGAGAACAUGGUCGAAGAUGGACUGAGGAGUGUCAUAGACAAGGCAAGGACAUUAAACAUUACGUUAAUGGCCGUCACUUUGACUUCGAGCGGAGGUCCAAGCCAAGCCAUGGCAGCGAAGGCAGCUCUCAUCGAUGGAUCGUACGUUCAUAUGACUUACGACGACCUCUACACUCUGCCCGGCCUUGUAAAGAUCAUCAUGCAAAGAAUUCCUAACUUAUUUAGAGUACCUAUGCAGACAGUGGUUGGUAUCACAUUAGACGAUACGUUAUCCAAGCAACAAUACGUUAGUGUAGAUAAUUUUCUUCAAACGCUCAGGAGAAUGAUCAACUCGGUAAUAAAGGACAAGAAGUAUACGGAAUCCUUUCAGCUCGAGCUCUUUAACAAGCUGGAAGUGUCACGAAGAGCAAAUAUUCUUCGAAGAAUAGAGUAUUACACCAGCGUCAGUAUCAAUAAGCCGGACUUUGUGAUCAUCAUAUCCAACAGACCUCCAUUAGAUAUGGACAUGAUAGCCGCUGCCAUUAACAAAUCUAUGGAAGCCGGUGUUCAGGUUUUCAUGGCAGGUUUCACAGGAGCUUUAAGUCUACCAGUGGAGACCAUCGCGUCAGCAAUAGAUCAGGAAAACAAGUCCAUUGCCAUACUAAUCGACUCUUCAGAGAGUGUUUCGAAAGAGGAUUUCUUCAGCGCGCAUCAAACGUCUGCUUCCCUCAUGUGGAGAUUGAAUAAAACAGUUAAUUUAGAGGUUAGUACGUUUGAUGUUAACGUCCAUGUGGAGAUCCCAAUGACAGAAUAUUCUCUCAAUACAAGAAUCGCAUUUGUUAGAAAGCUGUACAGGAUGUCCCAUCUAAUGGUGAAGCCACCCUUGUACAAAGUUAUAGAAACAAUGGCUGAGAUGUCGGAAACCUACGACAGCGUUGACGACGAUGUCCGAAUGGUCGGUGUCAUGUUCAUUGCAGAACGACCGAGAUAUAUCAACCUACUGAAUCUAUUCAAGAACUACAUCUACGCUAACCGCUCGACACUUAUAGUUGUUGACGUUUCCGUCGGUGGAAAUAUAGAAGGGCUUGAGCAGGAUCCCUCAUUGUAUCCAAUGCAUAUUAUUCGCACAAGCAAUUUGGAAUUUGAUGGUCUCCCGGGACAAAUUUUGGAAUUCAUGAACUCGACUGGAUAUUCAAAGUACCACACUGUUUUUACCGCUGGUCAGAUAAGUUUUUUAGAAGGAAAAUUUAACCUGUUCGAAAAUAUGCUUCAAGCGUUUCGGAACGCCGCAGAUGAUUACAACUUCAGUGCAGAUUUUGGCCUGAUAACUAUGGAAAGCAAUGCAUUGUUUGAUUACUUCAAUAUAAACAUGGAUGAGAUAAUCUACAUUCUUCGCAAAUUAAUGAAAGUCAGUGAUAGGGGGUCAGAAACAGCCCUUGAUUAUUCUUCCGGGUUGUUAAAAGAACACAGAAUUGCUCAGACACAACAGAAACAGGGUGUCAGCGUUAUAAUAACUGACGAAAACCCGAAAUUCCCUAACGUGGUUGCAAGCAAAGCUGCAAAAGCACGGGACGAAGACGGCAAUCAUGUGUUAGUGAUUGGAGUCGGAGACAAUCUGAACAAAUCUAGUCUGCUGUCCUUGAAUAAUGUCGGCGAUGAUGACUUGUGUAUCGCUUCGGACGGCGUGGACCUCCGAAAUAGCUGUGUAGGGUGGUUGGUCGACAGAUUAAGAACAUUGCCAACUAUUACUCCUAUCCAGUCGUCGACUACGUCUUCAACAGCUACAAUGAUGACGACAACACCGACUCCCUUCGUACCAUCUAAUUCACCAACCUUAACUACUAAUACUCCCCUUCCACUCUCAACAAAAAAACCAACACAAUCAACAACAACAACAACAACAACAACAACAACGUUUAGAACUACUUCUACACCUGGUCCACCAUUGUGCAAUGCUGAGGCACACGUUGGCAUUGGAGUGGCGUCGAGUCUACAGGUACGUGAUGUCUUUGAAAUCCUCCAAGACAACAUUACUCAGUCAACUGGAGAUGACGUCAAGUUCAAGUUCCUGUUCUUCAUUAAUUCACAACUGUUUCAAGCCAACACCGAGAUAAAAAGUUCCGAUCCAAAAGCUUUUCGGAGCGUGGUAGAGGAAGUGAACGCAAGGCUGACAAAUCUGUACACAGGUCAGUCCAAUCUGGUCGCUCUGAUCUUUACCGACGCAAAAUCUGCAGCCGAUGGUAUAUCGUCCGAUGUCUUCAACACCCUCAGUACGUAUAUUGAGUUUGUGGUAUUUGGAAUAGGACAGUUUAGUGAUUCAGCCACAGCUGACCUGAAAAAACUUACCAGAAACAAGCCACAUAGUUUGAUCAUGGUCGAUGACGUAGGUGGCAUAGACUACGACAACAAUUUAGCUUUUCUGGGUAAAGCUGUCUGUGAUGCUAUAACGAAGACUCCUGUUAUAGACAUUCGUACCAACAUUACUAAGAUUUGUUCUAGCCGACCACUUGAUAGCAGCUUUGGUUUGGACGCCGAAAACGUGUGGUAUCCAUUCGAUUGUACAAAGUUCAUUAACUGUAAACGCAUGGGUUCCAGUGUGAGCGCUGAUGUGCUUUCGUGUCCAAUGAACAUAAGGUUUAAUACGGACACACACAAGUGUGACAUCAGUCAGGAUGUUAUAUGCAAGGAAGUCACAGCUACUGAAUAUGCUCUUGAAAUCGGGAAAAUCGUUGAUCCUCCUCCUCCCAAAGUGGUAAAUUUAACAGAGGAAUGCAUCAACAACUGUUUCAAAGCAGGGGAUUUGACUGAUAAUUACGGUUAUACUUACCAUCCAACUGAUUGUUCCAAGUUCAUCGUGUGUCGUCGCCAGGGCUACAUCAAUCCGGGUUACACCUUCAUCACUCAGGUAGAGAAUUGUCCCGGUGGUCUAUUCUGGAACGCUCAGCGGAAAAUGUGUGUCCCUACUCACCUUGCCGAAUGUGCAGCCGAUAUGUGUAAAACUAAAUCGCUGUUUGCUUUUUGGAAAGUCAACUGUAGACAUUUCUAUAAGUGCGACAAUGGACAAUCCCGGCUUGAACACUGUGCCUAUGGAAGGAAGUUUCAGUCCGAUGGUAACUGUGUUGACGAUCCUCUACAGACCUGUACAGUUCCUAUAGUACAACCGGAACUAUGUUACAACCUCCCCUGGACAGACAGUACCAUGUACAUUGACCGUACGAUCGGCGAUAAUGGCAAGCUGACGCAGUGUCCUCUUGGCAAAAUGUACGACCACCAGACAUGUACAUGCAGCAGGAAUUACGUCACUGGAACCUGUCAGCCAUUGAUAUCAGAAACAAUGGACAACGCCAGGACAAUUAACAACGUAUGGAUGCGUGGUGGAGCAGCCACAUUCAUGGGACUGGGGUUGUUGAUCAUUCCACAACCAUCUCCUCUUACCGACACCUUCCUCGUACACAUCGUAAUUAGUGUGUCCAAGUCUAACCAGGAUAUGGUUAUGUUGAGUAGUUGCCAAGCACCAGAUACAUCUGCAUUCAGUCUCCGGUUGACCAAUGACAGACUAACCGUUAAAGUUAGGAUGGCGAGUGGUACUGUGACUUUGACAUCUAAGAUACAGUUCGAUGUUUGGAAUCAUGUGUACCUUGCCUACAACGGCCAGAGGAUUGUAUUGAAAACAGACUCCGCCACUGAUCAAGUCAGUGCCAGCGGCCCAAUACAAGGCUGUCAGGACGCUUACGUCCUUGGCUCCGAAAACGGGUUCUAUGGAGAUAUAGAUGAGUUUAAUGUCUACGACUGUAUUCCAGGCAAAAACAUCUCCAUAUUCAAUUAGCUAGCAUCAUGUUUACUACGGUACUGUGUUCGCAGCUACAAGAAAGAGUAAUGUGACCAUUUGUGAUUUGUGUAUUUUGAUAACUGACAUACAAAUGGGUUGUUAGCACCGGGAAAUCUGUAUAAAUUGCGAUUACUCAUGUCGUUGUGAGUACCACAAGUGCCAUAUUAUAAUUUAUAUAUAUUUGAUAAGUCAAUAACAAACUAUUAAACAUGUUUUCAGGUUAUAUUGCCUUCGGUAAUAUAGUGAGUGGCUAUCUUGUCGCCCUCAGAGGUGGGUUUGUUAAUAACAACUUUUUAGGAAGUUGUUCGGGAAGGUAUUACGUUUUCUUAUUUCUAAUGAAGUGACGUACGUAUAUCACAGUUUCAUUCUCUUUCUAUAUAUAUGUGGUUUAUGUUUUGAUUCAUGUAAACAAAAAAGAGUUCAGUAUGUGUUAUCUCAUAGUUUGUUUGUAACAUAUGUGAGGAAGUUACUUACAUUCACGGUAUGAAAUCCUAUUAAUAUUUAACGUCAGAAUUGUUCAUGUUCUGUAUUUAUUAUACCAAUAAUAUAUCAAUCACAUCACUUAAAUUUAAAAUAAAAAUAAAAAUGUACUACAUCAAAAGUGUUGUUGAAGAGAUAUUUGCAUGUAAGUUUUAACAACAACAAACGUAAAUCAUAACAACGGAUUUACUCAUUGCUAAAUUGAUUUUAAUAAAUACUUAUUUCGUU